AUGGAUCUUCAAGAAUGUCGUUCGUUAACAUUAAUUUUGGGCGGUGAAGUGAUGACAGCUACUUUACAAACACAGUUUGAAUUAUUAUUACCCCCUACAGAAGAAGUCGAUGAUAAUAUGUUAACACGUCUCAUAUUACUAAUAUUAAUACAUUUCAAACAUUUUUAUUUAUCAAAACGUCAUUUCAACUAUUAUCAACAAUUUUUAUGUCCCAUACAAACAGAUUUAGUUGAACUGGGAUUUAGUUUCCUAUUAGUCGCAAUAGAAAAUACAAUAUCUGAAGAUGAAUUGAAACGACUACAAUAUUAUUUCGACACCAAAUCAGUAGAUACGUCGUUGUUAUCAAUCUAUCAAUCUAUGGGACAAAACUAUACAUUAGAAAAUUUCUUGGAUCAAAUUGAAAAAUGUCAAGAUACGAUCAACACCUUAAAACAGACGAGUUAUUUAAUAAAUAAUUUUCAAGAAUUUAUCAUGAAAUUUAAAGUCUUUAAUGAUAUAUUUUGUACCGAACAAAGAAAUGAAAAUAAAAAAAUUUCUCCAUCAAUAUCCCCCUCUCAUUUUGUAUAUUCCGAUCGACUUUCAAUUGAUACAUCAUCAAAACUUGUACCUAAGAAGGGUUUAUGCGUCAUCAUUAAUAUUAUGGGAUUUAAUGGUCAUCCUGAACGUUUGGGCUCACAGAACGAUGUUAAAUUAAUUGAGAAUAUAUUUCAUGCAAUGAAUUUUACAACACUUUUAUGUAUAAAAGACUUUUCUAAAAACGAUUUAGAUGUGUCACUUAAUGAUCUAAAGUAUAACAAAGACAAAUAUGAUAAAUAUGAUUGUUUAGCUUUAUUUUUAAUGACACAUGGUGAAAUUAACUGCAUUGUUACACAUGAUGCGCAAUUAGUGUAUCUAAAGGAAGCUAUAACAAAUUUCAAUGAUUCCGGUUCGAGUAUAUGGAAAAAAAAGAUUCGCUGUUUUUUUAUUAAUUCAUGUCGAUUGAAUACGAGUAAACAAGUAAAUAUUGUGCCGUAUUCUAAACAUGCUAUCCAUGAUGAACAUCUAUCGUUUAAUAUGUGCAUCGCAUAUUCGUGUAAUGCAUUUGAAAAAUCAUUUCGAAGUGAAACUGCGGGAAGUAUUUACAUUAAAAUGUUAUGUACAAUGCUUUAUAACUAUAGUCAUAUAUAUUCAGUUAAGAAAAUACUUAAUAUAACGGAUAAAUUAUUUGAUGAACGCAUUGAUACUGAUCACUAUUUUCAUCAGAAUCCAAAACAUUUACAAUAUCUCAGUGAUCAUUUGUAUUUUUCAAAUCAAAAUUUAACGACUGAAAUUCCACGAUUGAAAACAUUUGAUCAUUCAUUAUUAUGCCAAUCACCAUGGAUACAUGUUAAUGAUUAUGUGAAAGAAAAGAUCGAGUGUGCUGAAUACAAAAAAGCAUUUUUCAAUGACUUUCAAUGA